AUGACAGGCUUUAAGUCCGCAGAAAACAGCGAGCGCGCGAAUGGCAAUGGCGUGACGAUGGCACCAACGGCUGGGGAAGGCGCAUCUGCUGAUAGGAAUGGUCACUGUGAUCACUUUGACCACGUUGACUCCGUUGACUGCCUUGACUCGGUUGACCAGGGUGACAGAGGGAAGGAGCCAGCUGUCAUGUCGGUUGCGUCCAUGAUGCUGGAUGCUCAGGCUGACUUGCUUGACUCCCUUGAACGCCCUGAGAUACUGAGUAUCAUUGACGGCCUCACACCACCGCCAAUGGAGCGACCCAAGCUGGUGGUGGAGCUGGGCGCGGGCAUUGGCCGCUUCACUGCUGACCUGGCACGCAGGGCCACGUGGCUCACUGCCCUUGACUUCCUGCCGCACGCCCUUGCUGUGAACGUGCAAGCACAUGCCCACCAGCAUCCCAACGUUGACUUCGUCUGUGCUGACGUGGCAGAUGCCUCGUCAGCCGCCCUGCUGACGAGGCUGGCGCCUGACCUGGUGUUCUCCAAUUGGCUGCUCAUGUACCUCUCGGAUUCAGAGGUGCACGCCUUGGCGCAAGAGCUGCUGCGCGCCCUGCCCCCUGGAGGCUUAUUCUUCUUCCGCGAGUCCUGCCUGGAGCAGUCUGGCAGCCAGCAACGCCGCUCCAACCCCACCCACUACCGCCACCCGCUCUUCUACUGCCAGGCCUUCUCAGAAGCACAUCGCCCAAUCAACCAGCACCAGAGCCAUCCGCAGCAGCAGGGGCAGGAGAAGCAUGAGGGGCAGGAUGAGGGAGGGGAGGGGAGGUUCAGACUGAGGGAGAUGAGGAGCGUUGCAGCGUACUCCCGAGUGAAGGGUUUCCAGACGCAGGUGUGCUGGGUGUGGCAGAAAGUGCUACAGAGCAUUCACGAGGGACUUCACACCACCCAGAGCAGCAGGAAGGAGAGCAGGGAGAGCAAGGAGAACAAAGAGAAGGAGGAGAAGGAGGAGGAGAAGGAGGGGAGCGAGGAGGAGCAGCAGCAGUACAGCCUGGAGGGCAUCCUGCGCUACGAGCACAUCUACGGGCGUGGCUUCGUCAGCACUGGCGGUCGAGGUGAGUUAAGGGUGGGGGGUCAACAGGAGUCAACAAAAGUCAACGGGAGAUUGACAGUGGUCUUUCUCGUCGUUGCUGAGUCUUGCACAUGCUCCACUCUUCCCUCUCAUCGCCAUUUCCUCGUCCAGAUCUCCAAAGCCAUGAAAGCGCGUGAGAUGAGUCGAUUUUCGAGUCGACUCAAAAUUCGACUCAUCCCCGCUCAUCGCCAUUUCCUCGUCCAGAUCUCCAAAGCCAUGAAAGUUCCCCGCCGCCCAUUCUCGUCCAUCCCAUCACCUCAUUCCCAUCACCUCAUUCCCAUCACCUCAUUCCCAUCACCUCAUCCCAUCACCGCAUUCCCAUCACCUCAUUCCCAUCACCUCAUCCCAUCACCUCAUUCCCAUCACCUCAUUCCCAUCACCUCAUUCCCAUCACCUCAUCCCAUCACCUCAUUCCCAUCACCUCAUUCCGAUCACCUCAUUCCCAUCACCGCAUCCCAUCAUUCAUUCCCAUCACCUCAUUCCCAUCACCUCAUUCCCAUCACCUCAUCCCAUCACCUCAUUCCCAUCACCUCAUCCCAUCACCUCAUUCCCAUCACCUCACUCCCAUCACCUCAUUCCCAUCCCCUCAUCCCAUCACCUCAUUCCCAUCACCUCAUCCCAUCACCUCAUUCCCAUCACCUCAUUCCCAUCACCUCAUCCCAUCACCUCAUUCCCAUCACCUCAUUCCCAUCACCUCAUUCCCAUCACCUCAUUCCCAUCACCUCAUUCCCAUCACCUCAUUCCCAUCACCUCAUUCCCAUCACCUCAUUCCCAUCACCUCAUUCCCAUCACCUCAUUCCCAUCACCUCAUUCCCAUCACCUCAUUCCCAUCACCUCAUUCCCAUCACCUCAUUCCCAUCACCUCAUUCCCAUCACCUCAUUCCCAUCACCUCAUUCCCAUCACCUCAUUCCCAUCACCUCAUUCCCAUCACCUCAUUCCCAUCACCUCAUUCCCAUCACCUCAUUCCCAUCACCUCAUUCCCAUCACCUCAUUCCCAUCACCUCAUUCCCAUCACCUCAUUCCCAUCACCUCAUUCCCAUCACCUCAUUCCCAUCACCUCAUUCCCAUCACCUCAUCCCAUCAUCUCAUUCAUUCCCAUCACCUCAUUCCCAUCACCUCAUUCCCAUCACCUCAUCCCAUCACCUCAUUCCCAUCACCUCAUUCCCAUCACCUCAUUCCCAUCACCUCAUUCCCAUCACCUCAUUCCCAUCACCUCAUUUCCAUCACCUCAUCCCAUCACCUCAUUCCCAUCACCUCAUUCCCAUCACCUCAUUCCCAUCACCUCAUUCCCAUCACCUCAUUCCCAUCACCUCAUUCCCAUCACCUCAUUCCCAUCACCUCAUUCCCAUCACCUCAUUCCCAUCACCUCAUUCCCAUCACCUCAUUCCCAUCACCUCAUUCCCAUCACCUCAUUCCCAUCACCUCAUUCCCAUCACCUCAUUCCCAUCACCUCAUUCCCAUCACCUCAUUCCCAUCACCUCAUCCCAUCACCUCAUUCCCAACCUUUCGUUCUCUACUUUCACCCGGCCCAUUCUCAUUCAUUUCUCAGUCCCAUCACUCUGCCGAAAUACGCUGCCUCCCUGCCACCCCUCCCAGCAUCCACACUUGCUCUCCUCCCGCUGCUCUCGCUGACCCCCGAGCACCAAGUACUGGACGUGGGGUGUGGGCUGGGAGGCAGCGCUCUGCUUUUGACAUCCACACUCGCUCUCCUCCCGCUGCUCUCGCUGUCCCCCAAGCACCGGGUGCUGGACGUGGGGUGUGGGCUGGGAGGCAGUGCUCUGCUCAUGGCUGAGACGUAUGGCGCUAGCGUGCAUGCCAUCGACCUCUCUCCUACCAUGAUGCGCCCUCUCCCACAUCUUUUCUCCCACCCGCUCUACCAGAUCUCUCUUGCCAUUGAGCGAUCCCGCAGCAUUCGUGCUGCGGAUGCCACGUCAGCACCGACAUCCACGUCAGCAUCCGUGCCCGUGUUGCAGUUCGAAGUGGCUGACUGCCUGACCAGAGACUUCCCCAAUGCGUCCUUCGACUGCAUCUACACCCGCGACACGCUGCUGCACAUCCAGGCAAGUCAUCUAGAUGACAAGCCUUUCCUGUUCUCCCGCUUCCACCGCUGGCUCAAACCGGGCGGCAGAGUGCUGAUCACGGAUUACUGUAGUGGAAAGGACAAGGAGGAACAGUGGUCUCAAGAUUUUAAGAGCUACGUGGCACAACGCGGUUACCACCUGGUCACCGUCAGGCGCUACAGUGAGGUGAGAUGGGCGCAGGUGAGAUGGGCGCAGGUGAGAUGGGCGCAGGUGAGAUGUGCGGAGGUGAGAUGUGCGGAGGUGAGAUGUGCGGAGGUGAGGUGUGCGGAGGUGAGAUGUGCGCAGGUGAGAUGUGCGGAGGUGAGAUGUGCGGAGGUGAGAUGUGCGGAGGUGAGAUGUGCGCAGGUGAGAUGUGCGGAGGUGAGAUGUGCGCAGGUGAGAUGGGCGCAGGUGAGAUGUGCGCAGGUGAGAUGUGCGGAGGUGAGAUGUGCGCAGGUGAGAUGUGCGCAGGUGAGAUGUGCGGAGGUGAGAUGUGCGCAGGUGAGAUGUGCGGAGGUGAGAUGUGCGGAGGUGAGAUGUGCGCAGGUGAGAUGUGCGGAGGUGAGAUGUGCGCAGGUGAGAUGGGCGCAGGUGAGAUGUGCGCAGGUGAGAUGUGCGGAGGUGAGAUGUGCGCAGGUGAGAUGUGCGCAGGUGAGAUGUGCGGAGGUGAGAUGUGCGCAGGUGAGAUGUGCGGAGGUGAGAUGUGCGGAGGUGAGAUGUGCGGAGGUGAGAUGUGCGGAGGUGAGAUGUGCGGAGGUGAGAUGUGCGGAGGUGAGAUGUGCGGAGGUGAGAUGUGCGGAGGUGAGAUGUGCGGAGGUGAGAUGUGCGGAGGUGAGAUGUGCGGAGGUGAGAUGUGCGGAGGUGAGAUGUGCGCAGGUGAGAUGGGCGCAGGUGAGAUGUGCGCAGGUGAGAUGUGCGGAGGUGAGAUGUGCGCAGGUGAGAUGUGCGCAGGUGAGAUGUGCGGAGGUGAGAUGUGCGCAGGUGAGAUGUGCGGAGGUGAGAUGUGCGGAGGUGAGAUGUGCGCAGGUGAGAUGUGCGGAGGUGAGAUGUGCGCAGGUGAGAUGGGCGCAGGUGAGAUGUGCGCAGGUGAGAUGUGCGGAGGUGAGAUGUGCGCAGGUGAGAUGUGCGCAGGUGAGAUGUGCGGAGGUGAGAUGUGCGCAGGUGAGAUGUGCGGAGGUGAGAUGUGCGGAGGUGAGAUGUGCGGAGGUGAGAUGUGCGGAGGUGAGAUGUGCGGAGGUGAGAUGUGCAGAGGUGAGAUGUGCGGAGGUGAGAUGUGCGGAGGUGAGAUGUGCGGAGGUGAGAUGUGCGGAGGUGAGAUGUGCGGAGGUGAGAUGUGCGGAGUUCCUUGGUAUUCUGGAGGAGGAGAAGGCUCGCUUGCUCUCUGACACUGGCAGCACACAGCCAUCAGCCUCGGUAACCCCACCACACCGCAUCACACCCACCAUCACACCGCAUCACACCCACCACACCGCAUCACACCCACCACCACACCGCAUCACACCCACCACACCGCAUCACACCCACCACACCGCAUCACACCCCCCACACCGCAUCACACCCACCACCACACCGCAUCACACCCAUCACACCGCAUCACACCCACCACCACACCGCAUCCCACCCACCACACCGCAUCACACCCACCACACCGCAUCCCACCCACCACACCGCAUCACACCCACCACCACACCGCAUCACACCCACCACACCGCAUCACACCCACCACCACACCGCAUCACACCCACCACACCGCAUCACACCCACCACCACACCGCAUCACACCCACCACACCGCAUCACACCCACCACCACACCGCAUCACACCCACCACACCGCAUCACACCCACCACCACACCGCAUCACACCCACCACACCGCAUCACACCCACCACCACACCGCAUCACACCCACCACACCGCAUCACACCCACCACACCGCAUCACACCCACCACACCGCAUCCCACCCACCACACCGCAUCACACCCACCACCACACCGCAUCACACCCACCACACCGCAUCACACCCACCACCACACCGCAUCACACCCACCACACCGCAUCACACCCACCACCACACCGCAUCCCACCCACCACACCGCAUCACACCCACCACACCGCAUCACACCCACCACACCGCAUCACACCCACCACCACACCGCAUCACACCCACCACACCGCAUCACACCCACCACCACACCGCAUCCCACCCACCACACCGCAUCACACCCACCACACCGCAUCCCACCCACCACACCGCAUCACACCCACCACCACACCGCAUCACACCCACCACACCGCAUCACACCCACCACCACACCGCAUCACACCCACCACACCGCAUCACACCCACCACCACACCGCAUCCCACCCACCACACCGCAUCACACCCACCACACCGCAUCCCACCCACCACACCGCAUCACACCCACCACCACACCGCAUCACACCCACCACACCGCAUCACACCCACCACCACACCACGCAUGGCACCUUGCUUGUCCAUCUAG